AUGGCCAAAUCAAAAUCAAGAGGAAGAAGAGCAGAGAAGAAAUCAAAGAAAGAAGAAUCUAGUUUAGUCCAUGAUUCCGAAGUUCCUGUUCAAGAAUCAGGAGAAAAUUCUACUCCAUCAGGAGUUCCAAAUACUUUCUUUGGACUUGUUGAUAGUAAUGAAUUAGAUUAUUUUAAACAAGCAGAAUCUACAUUAAAUAUUAAUGCAUUUGAUAGUGAUGAAGACAGACAAGGUUUUAUUAAUUCUGUUUUAGAAGAAGCACAAGGUAAAGAAUUGAAAUUGGUUACUAAUCAAAUUUGUUCAAAAUUAAUGGAAAGAUUAAUUUUAUUUGCUAACAAUAAACAAUUAAAGAAAAUAUUUAAACAAUUCCUGAAUCAUUUUGUUUCUUUAGCUUUCCAUAAAUAUUCUUCACAUGUUUUAGAAACUUUACUUGUUAGAUCUGCAGCAUUAAUUGAAAAAGAGUUAGCCCAAACCGAAGAAGAAAAACAUGAAGAAGAAGAAGAAGGGGAAGACGAAAAAGAUGAUGUUCCUAUGGAAGAUUUAUUUAUUAGUAUGUUGAAUGAAUUUAAACCUCAUUUAACUACUAUGAUUGAUCAUCUGUAUGCAUCACAUGUUUUAAGACUUUUAUUAUUGAUUCUUGCUGGUAAGGAAUUACCAUCAACAACUACAUCAAAUUCAACAUUAAGAUCUAAAAAAUCUAAAAUUGCUAGAAAAAUGAUUGAAAUCAAAGAUAAUGAAGAUUUUAAUCGUGCAUUUCAAACUCCUGAAUCUUUUAAAAAUGAAUUACGUGAAUAUUGUCAAACUAUAUCUGCUGGAUUAGAUACUAAAUCAGCACGUGAAUUAAGUAUUCAUAAAAUCGGAUCACCUGUAUUACAAUUAUUAGUUCAAUUUGAAGGUUUAGUCGAUCGUGAACGUACUUUUUGGCAUCUUAUAUUUUGUAAAGAUCUGGAAGGCAAAGAUUCUACUGAAGAAUCAUUUGUUGAAUAUUUAUUAUCUGAUUCAGUUGGAUCUCAUUUCUUGGAAUCUAUUAUUAAAAAUGAUGGUGCUCGUCCUAAAUAUUUAGAAAGAUUAUAUAAACUAUACAUGAAGGAUAGAGUAUUGAAAUUAGCUAAAAGAUCAACUAAUGGAGUUUAUAUUAUCCAAGCUUUAUUAUUUAAAUUAAAACCAGUUGAAGUUGAAUUUAUUUUAGAUGAAAUUAUUCCUGAAUUAUCGGAAUUGAUUUCAAUUGCAGAAAAUCAAAAUUUGGAUUUAGCCAAUAAAUUAAUUGAUGCUUCUAUAAUAAGAGGAAAUUAUAGACGUGAUGAAAUAAUAGAUCAAUUAUUUAAAAAAUUUGCUCCUAAUUAUAAUGUUGAAAAUCCUCAAGAUCAUACCACUACAGAAUUUAUUGAAAAUAUAUUACAAUUACAAGGCUCAACAUUAGGUAAUACUAGAGAUGACUGGCCAACAGCUGAAGAAAGAAAACGUGCAUUGUUUUUGGAAAAACUAAUGGAAUAUGAUUAUAAAUUUGUUAUUUGUACAUGGUUUAAUUUCAUGGCAUUACCAAUUGAAAGAUUUAUUCAAAUGUGUUUCCAUGGUGUUUUCUGUCAUGUUGUUGAAAAAGCAUUAAUUGUUGAACCAGAAGAAUCUAAAAAGGUACAAAUUUUAAGAAAAAGAUUACUUAAUAUAUUUCAAGGUCAAAUUGUUGGACUUGCUUGUAAUUCAUAUGGUUCACAUAUUGUUGAUACAUUAUGGAAUUUCACAGUUUUAUUACCAAUGUAUAAAGAUAGAAUUGCUUCUGAAUUAUUCAGUGAAUCUCAUAAAGUUAAAGAAAGUACUUAUGGUAGAUUAGUUUGGAAGAAUUGGGGAAUGGAAUUAUUUUCACGUAAGAAAUAUGAUUGGAAAGCAUUAAUUAAACAACAAGAAGUGGAAUAUUAUGGUGAAGAUAAUGAAGAAUCAACUACAUCGAAGAGAGUUAAAAAACCAAUUGAAUUGAAAUUAGAAAGAUUAGCUGAAGAGAAAAGACGUAAAGAAGAACAAGCUGAAAAGGCUCAAAGUGGUUAUAUCAAACGUAAAUUAGAUGAACUCACUGGAUCUGGUCCAGAAAAGAAACAAAAACUUAGAGGACGUAAUAGAAAUUAG